AUUUAGAGUUAAAUGACAGAUGGCGGGAAACUUUCCCUCGUUAAUUCUUCAAUUCAGAAUUCUCGGAAGAAUGUGAAGAUUGAUUUUUACCAUAAAAGUUGAAUACCAUGGACAGUGAAGGUUCAGAAAACUCUAUGGAUUCAUCUGAAGUGGAAGAUUGUAUCCAAGAUUCUGAAAAUUCUGAAACAGAUUUUGAUAACAGUAGUGACCAGAGCAUGGAACAGGAUAAUUUGUCAUCUAGAGAAAAGGAGGAAGAAAAAUCUGCUAAUCAGAUGAAAUUAGACACAAUAUUUGGGUGUGUAUAUUCCGACAAAAAAAAAGGACCCCUUGAAAUUUAUAAACUUUUGCCUGGAUCACUUUAUGAAAAGUAUGAAUUAGUUAAGAAAAUCAUGAAUGCCUGCAGUGAAUUUGGACCAAUCUUUGACACAUUUUGUUUUUCACUUCCAAGACCAUAUGAAAAAGAGAACAGUUUCAAAAGAGCUGUACAAAACAUGAAAGAGCUUCGUAAAAAUUGCCAAGAAGGAUCAGUGGAAUUUCCUUCAAUAGAUUUGUCAGAAUUCCCAUCUGAAUUCUCAAAACAACAAGCCAACAAAUUAUGUGAGAAGAUAAGAAAAAAACUUAAAAUGGAACCUCUGAAAGAAAAAGAUGAACCACCAGUUGUAUUAUAUACUAAACUGGUACCUGGUGGAGAAAUAAUAAAAGUAACAAAGAAAAGAAAACUUGGCACAAAUGAAAAAGAUACCACCACUGAAUUGAAACCUAGCUUCUGUAAUGAACGUAAGAAAGAAAAAUCACCAAAGAUAAGAAAACAUAACCAUGAUCAAGAUGGAGAUUUUGAAACUAAUGAUCAUGAUAACUACGAUUCCGAUAUGGACGAUUUUGAUGAUGAAGAGGCUUUCAGUGAUCAGAAUGAGGAGCAGAUUGUUAACACUAUACUUGACAACAGUUUUCCUCACAGUAUACUACAUCUGCUGUCGGAUGGUAAAACAGACAUCUUGCCAUUGUGGUGCGGUCAGAUUCAGCUAAGAGUAAAUCCUAUUGAUAAAUCAUUGUCCUUUUUAAUGCUUGACUAUGAACCAUCGUACCCUGAUAAAAUAAGAGAUGAAAUUUUUAAAGAAAUUUCCUCGCCAGAAGUUUGUGAAACAAUUGCCAAAGAAGUAGAAAAAUAUGAAUGCUGCAGACAGCUAAGGAUGGAUAUUCCGCUUGAAAAUUUGGAAGAAUUGUUUGUUGUCAAUCAAAGUUCAAAUGAGGUUUUGAUAUUUUCAAAACUGGUUCCCUCGGUCAAGUUUUAUCAGAGGUUCAUUCAUGUCAGUACCAAGGAUAGGAACAAUUGGACAGAAAGACAGCCAUUUUUGCCAUUUGAGGGACAAUCCUUUACUGAUUGUUCAAGAGAGUAUUUAUUAGCUUUUGGAGGAGACCUCUCAGAGAUGUCAGACAUCUUGGCACAGAUAAAGGCAUGUAGACUUGAUCAAAAGAUUUGUAUGAAUCCAAAGAAAAAUACCAUGUCUGAGCUCAUGAAAGAUGUCAGUGACAAUCAAACUGGGAAAGACUAUUCUUUUUCAAAUGCUAAAAAGAAGACAGAAGACCGAAACAUUGAGGUCGAUUUUACACGUAGGAAUAAGAUACUAAAUGUUUUGAAAAAACACAACAUAAUAUCAAAGAAAAAAUGUGAUGAUUUGAAGAAGACGAUGAAAGUCAUUCCCGUAAAGAUACCCAGCGGAAAAGUGUACAAUGGUCUGGAUGAUCUUGAUCUUGAUGAUGUUUGCUUAAAGGAUUACCUAAACCAUGUUUGUAUAAAUGUUCGUGAACUUGAACAACAUUUGACCAAAAAAUUACGCGCAGGAGAUUACGCUCAUGAAAUGGAGAGCCUGAAUUUGAUGUAUCCAGACAAAUAUGAUUUUGACGAUAUGACUGUAGCUGAAUUUUUAUCAGCUGAAAAGGAUGAUUUAAAUGGAUGGAAAGAAAUAUUUUAUUCCUUUUGUAGAUCUGGACCAGAACAAGAUAGCUGUACAUGGCACUGUGACGUGUGCAAGAGUUGUGAACCUUGGAGAACUUGGCACUGCCCAAAGUGUGAUAAAUGUACAUAUGGAAAAGAAAAUCCAAUUUGUGAAUUUUGCGGCUACAAGGAUUACAGUAGUGACUUUGAAUUGAUGGAUUUAAGAAAUAAGAGACACAAGAACCAACAAUUCAUCAUCCAACCAUAUACAUAUUAUUGGGAAGGGAUGUUUAGUGAAGGAAACACCAGUACAGUUAAAAGAGAUUGGAAUAUUAAAUUGUCUUUGACUGAUAUACCAGAUUGGACAAAUGAGAUAAAAGUUGAUGGUAAAACUACAUGUACAAGAAACUUCAUCCUGAAGGAUUAUCUUAAUCAUGAUGACCUUGGGAUGGUUAACCUAUGGAGAUUAGCAUAUCGCUUGCAAGGUAGUGGACCAAGAAGGCAUAUUGGUCUUUUUUUCUCUCAGCGUUUUAGAUGUGAAAUUAGAAGUAAUUUUCGGCUGUAGUAAUGAAACGUAGUUAAAAGGCGUAGAAAGUGCAUGGGGAUGCAAAAAGUACAAUUACCAUUGAAUUUGUUUCAUAUUUGUUUUGAAAGUAUUUCCAAACAGAAGGUUUUUACAUUAUUUUUAUUUUUAGUGUCUUUACCGGGUAUAUACAUCAUAAGAAAUCUAGAAAAAGGAACAGGUUUAGCACUUAAACAUAUUUUCUUUCUACAUGUAUAAGGAAGGUAAUAUGUUUGAUACACCAUAUGUUUUUGGUACAUUUGUUUUUCCUUGGAGCAUAUGGAAUAAAGAAAUAAGUUUCUUUUGUUUUGAUAAAAUUAUAAACAUAUCUGUAGCUUCAGUUGAUAUAAGAAAACACAUAUAUGUCAGUAAUGGUACUUAAAAAUUAAAAAUGAAUAAGAAAGGCAAAAGAAUGCAAGAAAGAAAAAAUGUACAUUGUUAAUUGUCACGAAAAAAUAACUGAGAAGACAUGAAAUUAGUUUUCGUAUUUCUGAGACAAAUGUUGCAGUACUUUAAUAUGCAGCUAAGGAAUCAUCUAGCAGUAUAAGGUUUUGUAAGAAAUUUUAUUUUAUAUGUAAGAAUGAUACAUCUCUAUAGAUGCCAUUCAGGUCGGUCUGAAUAGGUGGGUGGGGUUGGGGUUGGGGGUCUGUUAUUCUGUAAACGUUUAAUUUUCACCCCUUUUUUCUCUAAUCUUCUAAAAAAUAACCGCAUUUUUCUCUAUUAAAUAUCCUCCAAAAAUGUACCCCUUUUUUCUCUAAUAUUCAUUUUUAAGAGCAUUAUUCUUUAAUCAUUUAACAGCCAUCCAAACCCUCAUUUGGAAUGACAUUUCCAUCAGUUGUCCUUGUCUAAUUUGCCAUAUUUUCAUAAAAAUUUGAAAUGACCACAUGAAAAACUACUUUCAUUUUCUUCAAUUGAUCUGUCUUAUUUUGUCGUAACAAACUACACAUGUGUAUGUAAUGAGAACCAUACAUUUCAUUUUAUU